CAUAUUUAUUUCUUUUCAGGUGUUAUUUCAAAUAAAAAAUAUUGGCCGAAAACUGAAGGGAAGUUAAAUGAUUUCCUCAGCACGGGUCCAAUGUGUAGAUAUGCGGAGGAUCUUCUGCUUCUUGUUAAAGUGCUGUCAGAUAACGAUGAAAGACUCCAACUUGACGAAAAGGUGAAUUUCCGCAACUUGAAAGUGUAUUACAUGGAAGAAGUGCCUGGAUAUCUGAAUUCCGCUAUUUGGCCAAUUAAAGCAGCCAUCAGAAAGGCUGCCAGUCAUUUCGAAAAUGAAUAUGGGAUCACUGCUACAAAAGUUGACAUCCAAGAGUUAGCAUACGGCUUCAACAUCUGGGAAAGUAAGUUACUGGAAAUUGGAUCACCUUCAAUGGACAGUAUGCUGUCCGGCGAAGAUGCCAAAGAUUCGAACAUCAGUUUAACCAUGGAGCUCAUUAAAAGCUUCUUUCGAUAUUCAGACCAUACUUGGCCAGCCAUCUAUUUCGCAAUGGUCGAUAUGAGGGAAAAAAAUAAAUUCUAUUACGAAUGCUUGGAGAAAUUCAGUGCCCUGAAAACGAAAUUCGAGGAGCUUCUACAGGAUGAUGCCAUAUUUUUGUUACCUACUCAUCCAGAACCGCCACCACAUUACCUUCUUACUAUUCCUAAAUACCCUAACAUUGUGUACACCUGCAUUUUUAAUAUCUUAGGCUAUCCAUCGACACAAAUUCCGACAGGAUUACACGAAGGAAUACCCAUUGGUAUCCAGGCCGUCAGCAGACGAUUCCAAGAUCAUUUGACCAUCGCAACAGCGGUCGAAUUAGAUAAAGUUUUCAAUGGGUGGGUAUGCCCAUGUCCCAUCAGUGUUUAAUAAAUACUGUUUAUUUUCGAACUUUGUAAAAAAUAGCAAAAUUUGAGAAAGUUCUUUCCAAUGGUUCAGAUUUGAAUGACAACUUGCUUUUUUCCCUCCAGUGGAGUCUGUCAUUUUUCCAUCCAGUGGAGUCUGUCAUUAUAUUAUGAGAAAACGGUUUUUUUAUAAUGGGAUGUUGAACAGUGUAUAAAAUUCCAAAUGCUGUGUUAGAUUUUUGUAUUUUACUCUAUUAUUUAACGAAAAAAAUUAAAAUGUCUUAUUAAUCAUUUGUGUAAAAUAUUAAAGGAUUUGAAUAAAAUACUUGUCCUGCUA